CAGAGUCAAACUGAUCUCUCCAAAAUCAAAAGGCCCUUCUUCAACUCUCUCAACUCGUCUCCUUCCUCUUUCCACUGAAGGGUUAGGGUUAGGGUUUCCAUUUUGGGAAAAAAUUUAAUGGAAGUUCCCCAAUCAUGGAAGUCGAAGCUAUCAUACAAGAACGCCACCAUCCUCGUCUGCUUCUUGAAUCUCGUCGCCGCCCUCAUCCUCCUCCAUGGCUUCUUCUCUGGAUCCGAUCGAAGAAGCGCCCAAUUUUCCCAAUCUGAUCCCUCACAAAUUAAGUAUUUACUGGAGUCUGAAGAGAUGCGGCGUGCGAUGGAGCCCUCUGAAUUAAUCAAAAGAAUUAAGGAAAUCGAGCGAGAAGCUUAUAAUGAACCAGAGCCUGAGAUAAAGCAAGUACCGAAGCAGAAGGCAGCAGUUGAUUUAUCCAAAAGGUUAAAAGAUUCAAGGGCGAUGAACGAUGCCAACAGUCAAAGAGCUCUUGAAGAAUGGCGUAAAAGAAAGAUGGAGAGAGCAAGACAACGCGAAGUUGGAUAGGAUGGGACCGUCGUGUCUCAAGUGUAGGCCUGUCUCAGCUCUUAUCAGGCUAUAGUUUUGCUUUACACCAUAUAGAAACUUGCAAGUUUGUAUCUUUGCAUGUCUCUGGCAGUGAAAUUAUCAUUUUGUCACACCCAAAAUUGCUGUAGGAGCACCAUUUGAAGAUGUAUUCUCAUGCUGUGUGAUUAGGUUAUUAAAAAGCUACGUAGUCUGAGCAAUAUCUGCGUGUCCAGAAUAGAAAUAGGCAUGUUCAAAGCUGGACCAGCAAUAAGAUGGAUGUAUAAAGAUGGAUAUAUAACCCUUUUUAAGUU